GAGGGAUCGUGGGGCCGGCGGCAGGGCAUCAAAGUCUGGAGGUCGAGGCUACGGCAGGCGACGCGACGCGCGGCACACGAAAACGACGCCGCGCAGGGCCCGCAGUACUCCAAAGACAGCGCAUCAAUCGCACUCGCCAGUGAGCAGCGCUGCCGACGGCCACAGCCAACAAAGAGGCAACAUUAUGGCCGACCUCGUCCGCAGCCUCCCGGCGCCGCAGCGCGAAUACGUCGUCUGGCAGGACCCCGACAAGUCUCUACGGAAAGCGCCGACACCGAAGAGUAGGGCGCCGCCCUACGGUCGGAGGAGAGGCUUCGUGCCCCGGUCGAUCGCCGACUUUGGGGAUGGGGGAGCGUUCCCCGAGAUCCACGUGGCCCAAUAUCCCUUGGGCAUGGGCACGAAGGAAGACAAGGCCGCGCAGCAGAAAGGUGGUGUGGUAGCUCUCGAAGUAGGGGAAGAUGGUAGUGUGAGAUACGACGCCAUCGUCAAACAAGGCGCCAACAAGAAUAGGAUCGUGCAGACGUCGCUGAAGGACACGAAAGGUAGAGCUGUUGGUGAUGAUGAAGGUUUGGAACUACCGACGGAGGAAGAGGUCCAGGAAACGGCCCAAAGAACACAACAGGCCUUAUCCGUCAUUUUGGACGGCAAAGUGAACAGCUCCAAGCCGACCCACAUCCCGGAGCAGUGCGACCCGAACCAGCAGAAGGCCACGUUCGUGCGGUACACGCCGAACCCGAACGCUCCGGGGUAUACCGCUACUGCUGCUCAGCGCAUCGUGAAGCUGGUCGACCAGCAGGUCGACCCCAUGGAGCCGCCCAAGCACAAGCACACGAAGGUUCCCCGAGGGCCGCCUAGUCCGCCGGCGCCCGUAUUGCACUCGCCACCCAGAAAAGUUACGGUCCACGACCAGCAGUCCUGGAAGAUCCCGCCCUGCGUCUCGAACUGGAAGAACGCGCGCGGCUACACCAUACCGCUCGAUAAAAGAUUGGCGGCGGACGGGCGCGGCCUGCAGGAACAAACGGUCAAUAACAAUUUCGCGACGUUAGCGGAGGCCUUGUACAUUGCGGAACGUUCCGCUCGAGAUGAAGUUAGGGCACGAGCGGAGGUGCGCCAGGCGAAUGCUUUGAGGGAUAAGGAGGCGCAGGAGGCGCGGCUGCGGGACCUGGCCGCGCAAGCGCGCGAGGAGCGCAACAAUCUGCAAGCGAGUCGAGGCGCACCUAGGAACGACGGCGCGGCCGCCUUCUUCGACGGUGACUCAGAAUUGUUAGAGGAGGAGGACGCUGGUCGAAGGGAAAGAGAACAAGUCAGGAUAGAGAGAAAGCGGGAGCGGGAACGGCAGAUGCGGCUAGAUAAUGCGAAGGGCGACAUGAAGCGGUCUCGGUUAGAAAGGGAGCGCGAUAGAGACGUCUCCGAGAAGGUCGCCCUCGGGCUGCUGAAGGGGUCUGCCAAGUUAACGGGUGAAGCGCAGUUCGACAAGCGGCUCUUCAACCAGUCGAGCGGCAUGGACCAGGGCUUCGGGGCGGAUGAUGAUUACAACGUCUAUUCGAAGCCGUUGCUGGAUCGGGAAGAUGCUGCUGCUAUUUAUAGGCCACGGAAGCAAGAUGAUGGCCCAUCAGCGGACGACCAGUACGCGGCGCUGACGUCUUCCUCCAAAUUCGCCGCGCCUGAGAGAGGUUUUGCGGGCACCGAAGGAGGUGCUAGACCUCGGGACGGCCCGGUGCAGUUCGAGGCCGACGCGCCUUCCGAUCCGUUUGGCUUGGACAAGUUCCUGACGGACGUGAAGAAUAAGAAAUCAUAGUCUCGUGUUU